AAGGACGUAGAUUUUCCAAGAAGAUAAAAUGCUAUGUGGAGGACUUUGGAAACAUUCCAAUGUAUGCUGGAUCCGAGGAAGAAACCGUUCCACUGGGACGAAUGAAACGACAGAGACCAAAGACUUUAAUGAGACACAUUGCAUAUUUCUUCUUGUGGUCAUGCCCAUCACCUUUCCUAAUGAGGAAAGCCAUUUUGCCCAGCAGUGCAUUUUAUGUAAGAUGGGAAUUUUUCCGUAGCAUUUUAGCAAUCGCUGUCAGCAUCAUUACCUCGUUGCUUAUUGCAUUUUUACACGUCAGAAUGGAGAUGUGGAUUGUUUGUUACAUACUUGGAUUGUGUUGUUGGGUGGACAUUUAUAUCCGCAUGCAUGUUGCUUUCUAUGAAGACAAUGAUCUCAAAGUUGACACCUUGGAAACAGCACAUCAUUAUGUCAAAACCGGGUUCCUUGUAGAUUUCAUAACCUGCUUUCCUUGGGAACUUGUGGGUUGGAUUGUGAUUUCACCAUUUGGUGAGAAUGGAUUUUAUGCCAAUAAUGAAGCAUUGCAUCUUUAUGCAUACUUUAGGAUUCCACAUAUUUUCCAGUUAUAUCGCAUUCCCUUUGCAUUUUCAUUCUUGCAAGUUGACAUUACUGCUGAAAGGAACGCCAUUACUGUUUUGAAGUUGUUGGUAUAUUCUGCUCUUUUCGUGCACUUCACCACUUGUAUUACCUUUGCAAGCUCAUGCCCUGCUGCAGACCUUUAUGGAAACAUAAGUGACUAUUUCUUACCAGUGACAAAGCACAAUUGUACAUUAUUGUCCUGGAAAGCUGGCAUGAGUUUCAUUAUGAUUGCUGCGAUGCUGUUUACUGGCUGGUUAUCAGGCACUGUUACUGCUAUGCUGGCAAACACAGAUGCUAUGAGAGCUGCUUAUACAGAGAAAACGGAGAGCAUGAAACUGUUCUUGAAGGUGUUUGGUCUUAAUAUCCAGAUCAAGAAAACACUCGAAUCUGAGACACGUCCUUUGUCUCCUGCGGCAAUAACCAAAGCAGGGAAACUCAGUAUGUAUUUCAUCCACAAGGGAGAAGUGGAGGUUUUAUCAAAGGAUAAUACAGCAGUUCUUUUCAAACUAAAAGCUGGACAGUAUUUUGGUGAGAAAAGUUUGCUGCUGGGAGAACCAAAAGCUGCCACAGUAAGAGUAUGA